GUAGUGCGCAGGUGCGCGGAUUGUGGAGCCAGGCGCGGGGGGUGCUGGGAUUCCGUGGCUCCCCGUGGCCGGUGUUCUGGGUGGGCGGAGCCUGUGCGGGGCCGUCACUGAGCCCAGGUCGGUGGAGUCAAUCCGGUGACGGACCCGGUGACCCCGCGGCCCCCCCGGCCGCCUCGCGCUGACAGCCUUCCUGUGUUUUGGGUUAGGAUCACGUGACGGGGCGUGGCCUGGCUGAGGGGCGUGGCUUGUUACUUCCUCGCUCGCAGCUGCAAAGCUAGGAUGGUGGGAGGGAUGAAGGACUGCCACAGGCAGGUUUUGUUGAAGUCACGGAUUUUUCUAUCAAAUAAUAUGGAGCCUGAUGAAGUGCUGGAGCAUCUUGUGGCCAAAGAAAUCUUGACAAAUUUAAUGUAUGCCAGAAUCAAGGCUUUUCCAGUGCAAUAUGAUCAGAAUAUUGCUUUACUGACUAUGCUUCCAAAACGAGGGCCAAAAGCAUUUUCUGAAUUCUGCAAUGUUUUACGAGAGACUGGCCAGAAGUAUUUAGCUGAGGAACUGGAAAAUAAGCUAUGUUCUCCUGACACACCAGAGCAGAAAUCCUUGCCAUACCCUGUAAAUGAGACAGGCGUCAGAAGAAUGCUCUGGACAGAAUCCCCUGACUAUUCUAUUGAUGAUGGAGAUGGCCCGAUCGUGGUUUCGUUUUGCAGUGUUGAUUUCUACCUGGCUCAUCAUAAUGAGGCGUACAAGCUUACCUCUUGUCCACGUGGUCUCGCCUUAAUCAUCAGCAACACAAAGUUUUCUACUCCAGACUUGGAUUUUCGUCAUGGGGGAGAUGUGGAUUUGGCCUCUCUGACGCAGCUAUAUUCCCGUCUGGGUUAUAAAGUUAUCCCACACAAUAAUCUAACCGCUCAGGACAUGCUCUGUAAACUAGACACGUUCUCCAAAUUUUCAGAGCAUGCAGAUCUGGAUUCAUGCAUUGUAGCCCUUCUUUCUCAUGGGGUUGAUGGUGCUGUGUAUGGGACUGAUGGCCAGCUGGUCCAGCUGCAGGAUGUGUUUAGAAUUCUGGACAACGCUCACUGCCCACAUUUACAGAACAAGCCUAAAAUGUUCUUUAUACAAGCCUGCCGUGGAGAAGAGACAGACAGAGGAGUUGAUCUGCAAGAUGGCAGGGAGCAGUCCGCCUCUCCCGGCUGCGAAGAGAUGGACGCUGGAAAAGAGUCGGUAAAAGUGAAACUGCCAAAGCAGUCUGACAUGAUCUGUGCCUACGCUUGCCUCAAAGGGACUGUCUCUCUGCGGAAUACAAAGAGAGGAUCCUGGUUUGUAGAAGCACUUAUCUCUGUUUUUUCUCAGCAUGCCAAGGACACACAUGUGGCUGACAUGUUGGUGAAGGUGAAUGCAUUGAUAAAGGAGCGCGAGGGGCACGCUCCGGGCACCGAAUUCCAUCGCUGUAAAGAAAUGUCCGAAUAUUCCAGUACUCUGUGCCGCAAUCUCUACCUUUUCCCUGGCAUUCCUGGCUUAUAGUGGUUCUGUGAAUACUGCCACAAUGAGCCAGCUCUUAGAUACAUGGUGUUUGCAAUAUGCGAAUAUGCUUUAUUUUUUUGCAGAAAUCUUCUUGUCUUCCAGAUUUUUUUUUAUGUACAUUUUUUUAUAACUGAUAAAUAUUGUAUAUCUUAUAGUAUUAUGAUACUAUUGUGGCUCAGUUGCUUCCCCAAAGAGUUACUCUCACUGAGUGAGAGAAUUCCUGAGUGUCCGCUCAUUUUAAACCCUAUGUACUACAGAGGUUCUUGCUGGUUUCUGUUCAAUCAGGAAAUCUAUGGAGCUUAU